GUGUGGGCUGCCCCCACCCCCCCCACCACUCUAACGGGACCGAUCGGAGCAGUGGCAGCCCGCGGAUCAGUCAUCGUCGGCCAGAUCGCAACCGCGCAUCAAACGCACCGCUGAAGGAAUGCCGGAAAAUCCAGCGGACCUGCAGGGCGCCGUGGCUGCCGUGGAGCGGCUGCAGGCGCGGCUGCGCGAGCUGAGCGCCGGCGACGGCGACGCCAGCGGCGGCGGUGCCGCCGACGACGACGACGGCGGCCGCGGCGGGGACGGCGACGCGAUGGACGUGUGCGAGCGGCGGCUCGGCGCCCUGCGGGCCACCCUCGAAAGCCCCCUCUUCCAGCAGAUCCUGCGCCUGCAGAGCUCCGUCCGGCACCUGCGUGACAAGGCGACACAGCUGCCCGGCGAGGUGGAGUUCGGCGUGGCGGAGCAGCUGGGGCUGUCGGCGACGGCCGUGCCGUGCUCCCGCUCGCCGGUGCUCACCUCGGCGCUGGUGUGCGGCGAGCCGUCCGGCUUCGGGCUGCUGGUGCAAGAGAUGGCGCAGGGGCGAGUGGUGGAGUGCGUGGAGCUGCAGAGGCCGCGUGGGGGCACGCCGGGCGGCCUGGGCUUCCGCGUGGCCGGCCUGCGCAGCGACGAGAGGGGCGACCUCGGCAUCUUCGUCCGGGACAUCGCCCUGGGCGGCACGGCUCACCGGGACGGGCGGCUGCGUGAAGGCGACCAGAUCUUGGCGAUCAACGGGCUGCCGCUGGACACGAGCGUGUCGCACGCUUGCGCCGUGUCGCUGCUGCAGCAGGCCGCGGGCCCCGUCACGCUGCUCGUCGCUCGCCCACCGUGCCGGCCCGGCGACGACGAUGGCGGCGGCGGCGGCAUCCCGGCGGAGGGCGACGUCCCGCCGUGGGGCUGGGAGCGGGCGGUGGACACGGUGGAGCUGACCAACGACGGCUCGGGGCUCGGCUUCGGCAUCGUCGGGGGCAAGGGCACCGGCGUGGUCGUCAAAACCAUCCUGCCCGGGGGGGUCGCCGCUCGCGAUGGGAGGCUGCAGAGCGGAGACCACAUCCUGCAGAUCGGGGACACGGACGUGCAGGGCAUGGGCAGCGAGCAGGUGGCCCAGGUCCUGCGCCAGUGCGGCACGCACGUCAAGCUGGUGAUCGCGCGCGGCCUGAGGGAGGCCGAGCGCCCGUCGCCGCCGUCGUCGCCGCCGCCGCCGCAGUCCCCUGGGGGGUUGUCGUCGUCGUCCUCCACCCGGUCGGCCUCGAGGGAGGAGGAGAUCCCCUCGGUCGCCUCCCUGCACGCCCUCCGCUCGGAAGAGCAGGGCGAAGGGGUGGGUGGCGUCGAGGCCUACGAGGUGGAGCUCACGAAGGACACGCAGGGGCUGGGCAUUACCAUCGCUGGCUACGUUGGCGAUAAGAACUCUGAGCUGUCGGGAAUCUUCGUGAAGAGCAUCACCCCGGGCAGCGCCGCGGAGCACGACGGCCGCAUCUGGGCCGGGGACCAGAUCAUCGCCGUGGACGAGACGGACCUGCAGGGCUUCACCAACCAGCAGGCGGUGGAGGUGCUGCGCCGCACCGGCAGGACGGUGCGCCUCACGCUCGCCCGCCGGGAGCCGCGGCACGGCGCGGCCGCCGGCGGGCGCCGCUCCUCCCGGCACAGCCCCGGCUCGGGGUCGAGCGAGGGCGGCGACGACGACGACGGUGACGACGGUGACGAGGUGGAGGAAGAGGGGCGACGGCGCUCAACCUCUCCCGGCGGCCGGCGCGGGCUCGGCGGCGGUGGCGGCAAGCGAGAGAAGAUCUGGAGCGCCGACGCGGAGACGGACGCCCCCAGCGUCACCGUCACCAUCUCGCCCUCCAGGCCCGGCGGUGUGUGGGGCGGCGCGAGGCGCACCAGCGGCGGUGGCGGUACCACGCUGAGCGCUGCCGGCAUGGACAACGAUGAGGAGGAGGUGGACGAUGCUCGUGGGCGGGAGGCCGAGCGGCGUCGCUUCCUCCCCGGAAUCAAGGCCUCCACCGAGGACGACGACGUCGUCAGGGCCAGCUGGCAGAACAUCCUCGGAGCGGGGAAAGAAGUGGUGGUGUCGCGCGUGUUCAAGACGAGCGAGCGCAGUGGCCUGGGCAUCAGCCUCGAGGGCUCCCUGGGGCACCACCACAUCCGCUCCAUCCUGCCCGAGGGGCCCGUGGGGCGCAGCGGCCUGCUGCUCAGCGGGGACGAGCUGCUGGAGGUGAACGGCACGCGCCUGCUGGGCCGUGCCCACCGCGAGGUGGUGGCCAUCCUCAAGGAGCUGCCGCUCGCCGUCACCAUGGUGUGCUCCCGGCACGCCCACGACUACGACGCCGGCGCCGGCGGGCAGAGCGCCUCGUCGCCCGGCCAGCUCGGGUUGCCCGCCCCGCGGCUGCCACCUUUCGCGUGGGGAGGCAGCCAACAGAGUCUCGCCAGCUCUGACCACAGCCUGGGCCAGAUGUGGUCCGGGGGUAGCCCCCCCGCGUCUCCAGAUGGCGCUCUCGCGGCCGGCAGGCCCAAGGCUCCGGCCGCGACGAACCUCGGACCCCAGAGUGGCGUCUCCUCCUCCUCCUCGUCUCCCGCGGCGUCGCGGACGGAGACGGAGCGAGCGCCGUGGAGCCCGGACGACGGCGGCGCCGGAGUCGUUCUCGGGGGACCCCGGAGCGCCGGGCCGGUGGGGGGGGGGCGCGACGGGGACAGAGGCCGAGGAGGGGGAGGGGGGGGUGGCGGCGGUUGCCGGAGGGCAGCAGCCCAUGUGGGACUCGGAGGUGCAGUGGAUCGAGCUGGAGAAGGGCAGCCAGGGGCUGGGGUUCAGCAUCCUGGACUACCAGGACCCGUGGGACGCGGACCGCAGCGUGGUGCUUAUCCGCUCGCUAGUGCCGGGCGGCGCCGCCGAGCGGGACGGUCGCCUGCUGCCCGGCGACCGCCUGGCGUUCGUCAAUGAGCGCGACCUCACCGGCGCCGGCCUGGAGGAGGCCGUCGCGGCCCUCAAGGGGGCACCGGCGGGCACCGUUCGCAUCGGCGUGGCCAAGCCCCUGCCGCCCGACCCGGCGCCGGGCUCCUCGGGCCGUCACGCCGGCCGCGACGCUGCGGCCGUCACCAGGGAGACGCAGCUCCCCGGCGCCGCCGCCCCCGUCGCUAGGGCGGCCGUCGCCACGGCGACCCCGUACCGCACGCGGGGGUUCCAGCUGCCGCCGCGCGCGCCGCGC